AUGCCUGCGUCCGCCUGGUCCCUUCCCGCUUCGAGCUCCGACACGGGGCUCGCCGAGCACCUGCGCCAGCCUGGCCCCAGCCAGCGUGCGAUCUCGGACAGCGCCGUGUUGAUGCCCCCGCCUCCGCUGCCAGCUACUCAUACCGCGAGUGCUGGCAAACUGGCGAACCACCCCUACAUGCGCAUGGCCCAGUCUGCUCAGCCUCAACCGCCAUCUAAGCCAGCGUUCUCAUCAUCUGCAACGACUUCAUCAGUGCAGAAGUCAACAACCUCCACCGGACCGCGACCGGCAAACUACAAGCGCAUGUCGGCCGACUUUGCGAUGCCCCCUCCCGCCGUCCCAGCCCCGACCCGCCCGAGCAGCGUCUCAGAGCGCCGUUCCCUGUUUGAGCAGCAGCCGGAGGCGCAGGCGCAGGCGCAGACAUCGAGGGCCGAUCCAAUCCAGAAGGCGCUCCAGCGCGCCUCCGACCCUUUCGCGUUACCCGUCACCCACCGUCGGAAUAGUGAUAAACAGGAGCUCGACACGACGGCUGGCGUUCCUCAUCUGCACUCAUCACGGCCACCCCCUGUUCCGCCCUCUCCCACGCUCAGCUCUCGGUACCAGCCCUCGUCGCCUACGACAUCGUACACUUCGCGCUUCCCCCCGCAGUCUCCCACUACAGCGCAUCCGACACCAUCAAGGCUCCCUCCCCAGUCGCCGAACAUGUCGCAGGCUCCGUGGGUCCGACCCCAGUCGCCGAGUGUGCCGCCCUCGCCGCGCUUUGCCCCUCCUAGUGUGCCCUCCUCGCCUCGUCCGACGACCCCUGCUCACCGACACUCUGCUUCCAUCAGCGCGCUGCCGCCCCCUUCGCCUCGAACUCCGGGACAUAAGGUGUCCCAGAGUCUCAGCGGGCUGCAGUCCCUCGUUGAGUCGCCCAAGAAGCCCGAGCUGCCCUCGAACCCCGCCGCGUGGAACCCAUCCCAGCUCGCUCAGCACCUACGCUACUCCCUCCGCUCGGGUGCCGACGGCCAGACGCUGCCGGUGCCCGCUGUCGAGGAUGUCGUGACAUGGAUUCUUCGUCACCGAAUUGACGGAACGGGCUCGAGGGUAUUGGCGUUGCGCCGUACGAGCCGCGCUCAGCGCCAUGCUGCGCUCCCGCUGCCGGAGGACAUGCCCGAGGAGCAGACGCGAGUGCGACGUCUGGCUCAUGCUUUCGAGUCGGCGAGUGAGGCCGAGGACGACCUGCACGCACUCCGUCAGCAGCUCACCGGCAACAGCAUCGAGGGGUAUGGACGUGCGACACCCCGAACGACAGAGAAGCUGGCGUGGCAGCCGCGCCCGCGCACCGACAGCAUCGGGAGCAACAUGUCGGACUCGCGCUGGGAGCUGAGUCCGACAAAGCAUGCCCCGGUGCCUAUCGAGCAGCUGCUCGGUCCUCGCGUCUCGCUCGAGAGCGCCGGACAGGCUGAUGACGAGCUCGAGGUGCUCUCUGGCGGCGUCCGGUCGCCGUCCCCCGAAUCUCCUCUCAUCAGCCCAAAGCUCCUCUUCCAUCCAGCGGCUGACGACGUUCCGCCCCUCUCGCCAUCAUCGCCCCUCGGAGACGUCACGCACAUCUCAAACCUCUCCGCGGUUCUCUCGCCGAGUGAUCUCUUCUCUCCUGAGCGGGCCGUAGGCUCCCCGUUGUCCGAGUCGCCCAAGUCGCCUCUCCCUCUCCGCAAGGCGAAGCGUGUUAGCAGCACGAAACGCCUGCCGUCUACAUUUGGCGACGACGAGACCCGCAAAGUCACUGUGACCCCAAGACGGAGGGCGAGUCGCAAGCGUCCCAGCCUGGGCAUGUCUCCGGCCAUGUCUUCGGCGGUGCGCACGCCAGGCUCGCCGCUCGACGUGCCGUCUCCAAUUCGCACCCCAGGCUCGCCGCUGCGCGCUGAGACUGCGUCAACGGCCCCGUCGCCCCUCCGAGCCGUGGAUGUCCCCGUCGUUGCCGACCUCGACGUCACUCCGGAACCGGAACCUGCCGAGGAGGAGGUCGUCGAAGUCGCCCGUGCCGAAUUCACCGAGGUGACGCCGGAGCCCGAGGUCGCUGCGCCAGUCACCCUCGUCCUCCCCGGCUCGCCGCAGCGUCUCGAGCGCGAGGUCGCCACGCUGCAGGACCGCGUGCGCGAGCUCGAACAGCGCCUCGCGAGCGUCACGCCCGUCGACACGCCGACCGACACGCCCAUCAAGCGUCCUGUCGCCAACGUCGCGAGCGUCGAGACGAUGACGGAGGACGAGUUCAGCUUCGAGAAGGAGACGUUCCUUCCUGCGCCUGCUGAGUCUGGAGUCGAGGCUGCCGUUCAGGCGGAGACAGAAGCCGCGGACGCCAGCGUCCAGGCAGAAGUGUCACUCGCCGAAGUGUCGUUCGCCGACGCGCAGGUCGAAACCGUGGAAGCGGAAGCGGUCGAGACAGCCGUCGUGCUGCACGAGAGCGAGCGGGAGGAGCGGGGGGAGCACUGGGAAGCCGAAUUUGCGCGCACCGAGCUCCAGUCUUGCGUUCCGAAUCGACUCGGUCUCGAGGCCUCUGUGGCCGCCUCUGUGGCCGCCUCUGUGGCCGUGCAGACCUCUCCCCUCGCGAGGCUCGUGACGAUGGAGGACGAGCCCGAGCCGCUCGUGUCCAAAAUCACCCCACCCCUCGAAGUGGAAGGGGGCGAGGACAUGGCGCGCAGCCGCUCGUCGUCCACGUCCUCCAUGGCGUCCACGAAGGGCAUCUCGCGCCCCCUGCCGAAGGGAUGGUGGCACGCGUUCCUGUCCCCCGACGAGGCGAUUCCGCCCAUGCGCGACGUGCCCGUGCUCUUCUUCAUGGCUGGGAUGGGCGUGGGGCCGGCGCCGAAGGCGGCAGAGAGUGAGCACGCUUCUCGCUUUUUCUAG